GAUUCAUGGGGGGGUUAAAUAGUGGCGCACAUUCAAAGCGUGCUUCUCGUCUCCCUCUCCUCCAUUACCAGACACUUCGGUACCGACCUGAGCCACAACAGCAGCGAGACCAAACUCAAAGCUCAACCACCACAGACAACCCCCAAUUGCCUUGUUCUUCUUCGUCACCUUCCAUGGCCGCUCACCUCCACCUCCACGCCGCUUCACUUCCCGCGGGAAUCGUCACUGCCCGCAACCGGAAGCCGCUCUCCUUUAACUUUUCUAAUAAGAACCCGGGUUUUUUCUUGGCACGACCCGCUUCGGCUCCCGCCCUCAAGGCGACGGUCUUGCCGCCGGUGGUGGUCGCGGUCGUGAGCACGGCCGUGGGUGGAGCCCCGCCGGUGGCCGCCGCGCCUCCCAAGACGUUGCCGUUCAGGGUGGGCCACGGCUUCGAUCUCCACAGGCUGGAGCCUGGGUACCCUUUGAUCAUCGGUGGCAUCGAUAUACCUCACGACAGAGGCUGCGAGGCUCACUCUGAUGGGGAUGUGUUGCUUCAUUGUGUGGUGGAUGCGAUUUUGGGAGCUCUGGGGCUUCCGGAUAUAGGGCAGAUAUUCCCUGAUUCUGAUCCCAAGUGGAAGGGUGCACCUUCAUCUGUUUUCAUCAAGGAAGCUGUUCGGCUCAUGCAUGAGGUAGGUUAUGAGAUUGGAAACUUGGAUGCCACCUUGAUUCUCCAGAGACCAAAAGUCAGCCCACACAAGGAAGCUAUCAGGAAAAACCUAUGUGAGUUGCUUGGAGCAGAUCCGACCGUUGUUAACCUUAAAGCAAAAACUCACGAGAAGGUCGAUAGCCUUGGAGAAAACCGGAGUAUAGCAGCUCAUACUGUGGUUCUCCUUAUGCGGAAGUGAAGGGUAUGCGGAUAUCACAUGCCAUUAAGCAUCUGCAGCUCUUCAUUUAUGUAGCAUCAAAGGGUAAGUGGAGUCUGAGAGAAUAGAAUGUUAAUUACACUUUCCCCAAGUGAGCAAUAAAGUCCAAUCUUUCCUGAACAUGUGCGGUUCACUGAUAGUAAGCAAUACACGUCUCAUCAUAUCUGCAGCUCAUGUCCAAAUGUUGUAACUGAUGGAUAGCAAGUCUUGUGGAUUCAGCAUAUUGUGUUGAACCAGUUACGUACACGAUUUGCUGACCAUCCCUGUCAUAGUGAGCUUGUAGCCAUUCUUUCA